CUUUCUUCUAGAUCUGGUAAUUAAAGAAGAUCCUCUCUGCUGACCAUGGAUCGCUCGGCGAAGGAGCUGUUCCUCAACUUCAUGAUUGUCUUAAUCACUGUACUCCUGAUGUGGCUACUGGUGAAAGCCUACCAGGACUGAAGCAUGGAGCAGCGAGACAGCCGAGAAGGAGGAGGCAGGGAGAAUAAAGGGACUGAUGGAGAGUGCAGCGUUUAAAACUGUUGGUACUGGUUAGAUUUUGUGUAUACAGUGUUUACAUUUUUUUUUUGGUUCAGUUUCUUAGUUUAUAAAAUCAGAUUUAUAUCUGAUUCAGAUACUUCCUAUAUGCUGCUUAUGUAUACAUUGUCUGAGAUGCAUUUAGUUUCUAACAAAAAUAAGAGGGGAAUUCUUUGAGACAUGAAAUU